GGCCCGUUCCAGAAAGCUCCGGGAGCGGAACGGGAGCGGGAACGGGGCGGGACCGGCCCCGGCCCGCGGAUAAAGCGGCACCGGAGCGGCCCCGGCAGCGGCACCGGAGCGGGACUGCGGGCCAUGGCGCUGUCGCUGUCGCUGCUGGCGCUCCUGGCCCUGGGGGGCGCGCAGGCGCUGCUGCCCCCCGGGGAGCUCCGAGAGCUGUCAGCUGCGGGCAGCCGCAUGGUGGACGCGGAGGUGGAGCGGGCGCUGCAGGGCGUGCGCAGGAUGCAGGAGCUGCUGCAGCGCAGCGACCGCGGGCACCAGGAGCUGCUGCGCUCCCUGCAGCAGGCGCAGCGCGGCAAGGAGGAAGCGGUGCAGCUGGCGCGGCAGAAGGAGCGGGAGCUGUCGGCGCGCGGCGAGCGCUGCAACGCCUCGGUGCAGGCGCUGUGGGAGAGCUGCAAGCCCUGCCUGCGGCAGCGCUGCCUCCGCUUCUACUCACGCACCUGCCGCAGCGGGGCCGGGCUCGUGGGCCGACAGCUGGAGGAAUUCCUGAACCACUCGUCUCCCAUCUCCAUCUGGGUGGACGGCGAGCGCCUGGACUCGCUGCUGGAGCGCGACGAGCGCCAGGAGCGGCAGCUGCAGGACCUGGAGGAGCGCUUCGGGCUCAUGGAGGACGGCGUCCAGGACAUCUUCCUCGACAGCUCCCGGGUCCAGGACCGCCUCCACCCCUUCUUCCAGGUGCCCUUCGGCGGCUUCCGCGAGGCGCUGGGGCCGCCGGUGCAGCGGCUGCGCCUCCCGCGCCGCUCCCGCCGCUUCUCCGGGGACUUCUUCCCGUUCUUCCCGCACCGCCACGGCGGCUUCCAGCAGCUCUUCCAGCCGCUCUUCCAGAUCACCCAGCGCAUGCUGGAGGACGCCCAGGGCAGCUGGGAGAACCCCACCGGAGAGUUCGGGACAGAAUCCCGGAAUUUCAGCAAUGACCGGAUGGUUUGCCGGGAGAUCCGGCGGAACUCGGCCGGCUGCCUGCGGAUGCGGGAUGAGUGCGACCAGUGCCGGGAGAUCCUGGCCCUGGACUGCGGGCAGGAGGAUCCCUCUCAGCAGGAGCUGCGGGAGCAGCUGGAGGACGCCGUGCGCGUGGCCGAGCGCUUCACGCGCCGCUACGAUUCCCUGCUCCGGGAAUUCCAGGAGGAAAUGCUCAACACCUCCGGCCUGCUGGACCAGCUGAACCGCCAGUUCGGCUGGGUGUCCCGCCUGGCCAACCACUCCAUGGGCUCCGACGGCUUCCUGCAGGUCACCACGGUGCUGUCCAAGGCCCCGAACCCCGCGGAUCCCUCGGUGCCCCCGGACACGCAGGUGACAGUGCAGCUCUUCGACUCGGAGCCGCUGGCGCUCACCGUGCCCGGGGACAUCCCCUGGGACGACCCCCGGUUCAUGGAGAACGUGGCCCAGCAGGCGCUGCAGCGCUUCAAGGAAAACGCCGUAGAGUAGCCGGGCAAUGCCGCCGCCGCCGCCCCUCCGGAUCCCCCUUCCCGGGGGGAAUUCUCAGCAUUGCUGCCACCUCUCCCCUCCUGACCCUUCCUGCUGCCAGGACCCUGCGGGGCCCCAAAUGGAAAAUAAAGGUAGAGUUGAACA